CGCAUCCACAUCUGGCACAGCAGGAGGGAGAAGCAGCAGAAGUAGCAGCAUCAUCAACGCUGGCUAAUCUAAUCUGGUCUGGUCUGGUCCAGGACUGGGUGUCGUCGAGUCGCCGUGGGGAACCCAGACGAAGCCCAGAGAGAGUGGGUCCAUCAUUGUCGAACUGUUGGACGGCCAUUCAAUGAUCGAAAGCAUCGACUCUCUCGUGCCAAUCAGCAGCAGCACGGAAUGAAAUGCACCACCGUCUGUUGGGCGCGAGUCCCGAAUCAUCGAGCCUCCCGGAGGUUCGACGACGUUGUCCGACUCUUCUCCCCCCACAUCUACGUAGGGUAGGGGACCGUGGGGGGUGGGUUCCAGCUUUCGUAGCCUUGGUGGGCCGAAUGUGAAGCGGGGAAUGAUUGAGCGGCGCAUUGUCGUCACCCCAACGUGUUUCCCAGAUUUUCGAACACGGGCCGUCUUCUCUUUCCAUCGGUCAUCAAUGAUCGCCUCCGUCGUCACUACCACAACCGGAGUUGCAGUUCUCUCAACUAAUUAGAGAGUGGGGGCAAACGACAUGCAACGGGAGGUUUAUUUGUUCGCAUCCGGUGUAGGACCAUCUGUACCAUCGCUCAUUAUGUGUGGACUUUUGGUCCUUGUCUAGGAGAAAAUAACGAGGAAGGCUCGGAGAAUGCGGUCACGCCGCAAGGCUCUGGCUAGCCCCUGGAGAAGAGUGUACUACACUCGGCCAACGUUAUUGAUUACCCACAUAGGUCAAUGACUUCCAUGGCACAAGCAUGGCAGUGAGAGAACGGGAGAUAUUACAACCAGAUUCUGGGCAGCAAUGAGUGAGCGCACACUUUUGCAGCCUUCUUCCAAUUCCGCCGCUCACCUGCCAUUCUCUCCCGCGUUUGUCCAUACUCUUGGGUUAAUCCUCUUGCUGCGACUAGGCGUGGAAUUACGUCAGUCUGAAAGGGUAUAGAAUUUUUUGAGCAGAAUUUGCUCUCAUCGAUUCCAAAUUUUCAUAGCUAAGAUUCAGAGGUUUAUAUUGUCUUCAAGACAUCAUUCUUACUAGUGCCCCCGUCCGACUCCGUUGGAGAGGUUCGGCCGUCGUUCCGUUUCGCACACACGAAAUCUCAUUCGAUAGUUCUAGGGACUGCACUCUGAUAUCUGAUCCUCGACGAAUCCUUGGCUCUCCCUCUUGGCUCCUCUCCUUGCUUACCUUUUAUCUGAAUCUUUAAUGGUUGCUAGUGUUACGAAGUGGUACCUUUAGCUCUUGGCCGAUGAGUGAAUACCAACCAUCACGUUUCUCCUGUUUAGUAAGAAGAACCUAAAGAUCGCACGAUUGUAUGACUCUUACUUGCUAGUCUUACCACCGUAGAGCAGGAUUGUAAGGUCGGAAGGAUUAGCCUGAAGCCCAAUAAGUGCAAUCCGCAACAAUGCAGCAGCGUCAGUACCGAAGGAUGAACAGUCGGCUGCGGAGGGCACCUCUGACCCGUCUGCAAUGGAUCGCUGGCUACGUCGCUCUCACCUUAGGAACUCUUAUUCUCACUUAUAUCUUCUCAGAUGGGCUGCACUCUUUUCGCUCAAAGACCCACUCGCUUGACCAUCACGAUGCUUCUCUCGUGCUCCCUAAGGAAAAUGUACUGGGCCAGACCCACGGAUUGAAUUUGAAGCAGGAACUGGUUUCCUCUCACUUGCGAUCCACAAAGUUGGCUCUGCACAUUGAAGAUUCCAGUCUGGAUCUUCAAGCUAAACUUUGGGAACCGCCAGCAGAUAAAGGAUUUGUCCCUUGUGUCGAACCAGGCCCAGCGCACUCAGGCCCUAAGCCUGCCAAAGGCUAUCUAAUGGUGUCCACAAAUGGUGGACUCAACCAGAUGAGAGCAGGGAUUUGUGAUAUGGUAGCAAUUGCACGAUUAAUCAACGCUACUCUUGUAAUCCCAGAACUGGAUAAGGGUUCAUUUUGGCAAGAUGCCAGCAAUUUUUCAGAUGUUUUUGACGUUGAGUAUUUCAUAAAGGCGCUGGCUAAUGACAUCCCUGUCAUCAAGGCGCUCCCUCCGAGCAUGAAGAGCGAGCCCAAAGUCUUGAAGCAAUUUCGAAGCUGGUCUGGCGUGAAGUAUUACGAACAAGAAAUAGGAAGACUAUGGCUGAACUAUAAGGUGAUAAAAGCUGCGAAAACAGAUUUGCGCCUUGCAAAUAACCACCUACCCGCCGAGAUUCAGAAGCUGCGCUGCCGAGUACACUACGAUGCACUACGUUUUGCUCCUCACAUCGAAGCUUUGGGGAAGGUGAUAGUGGAAAGACUGAGAUCGGCAGGACCUUACAUCGCAUUACAUCUGCGGUAUGAAAAAGACAUGCUGGCCUUUAGCGGCUGCACGUAUCAAUUAUCCACAGAAGAAGCCCAAGAGCUUACCACUAUAAGGGAAAAUACACCUCAUUGGAAGGUUAAGAAGAUAAAUGGAACAGAGCAAAGGAGGAACGGGUUUUGUCCUCUUACUCCGACAGAAGUUGGCGUGUUUCUGAAGUCGCUAGGUUACCCCGAGAGCACUCGAAUAUACGUUGCGGCUGGAGAGAUUUAUGGUGGUCGUGAGCGGAUGUCAGGUCUUCUUUCCCGCUUCCCAAACGUGAUGAGCAAGGAAUACAUUGCCACCGCUUCAGAACUGGCGCCGUUUUUUAAUCAUUCGUCCCAAAUGGCAGCACUGGACUAUAUAGUAUCCGUUGAGAGUAAUGUAUUCGUGUCGUCCUACUCUGGAAACAUGGCGCGUGCCGUUGAAGGACACCGCCGCUUUUUGGGUCACCGCAAAACCAUCAGCCCUGAUAGAAAGGAACUCGUUGCUCUGUUUGAUAUGCUAGACCAAGGUCUUCUCAAAGAGGACCAGAAUCUUGCGGAUGUGAUAACUACAAUGCACGAGAAUCGGCAAGGCGCUCCUCGCAAGCGUAAAGGACCGCUGAAAGGAACGAAAGGUAGAGACCGUCUGCGGUCCGAAGAGGCUUUCUACACAAAUCCCACGCCAGAUUGUUUGUGUCAACAAUCCGACUUCCCUAAACAUGUAAAUUACGAACAGAACUAUUCUCCUCAAGAGACGGAGCGAGAAGGGAGGCAGAUGGAGUCAGGGGUUGCAGUGCAAAGAAGAUAGUCUAGCAGAUUGUAACAGCAACGAUAUGUUAAUGUACAUUGUGCUCAGACUCAACCAUCACGACGCAGAGUUACAUGAGGCAUCAUGCUGUCAGCUUUCUCACAUUCUCGAUCAGAAUGACGAGCUGGAACUCAUCCAACCCGGAGUUCCGUUGUAUGUGGGUAGCACUUCUUAUGAACAGGUGCAACAGCAUUCGACAUCUUGCGAGCCUAAUGUCUAAUUCCACAACAGGAUGAAACAUGUCUUCCACAUCACUCCCUCCUAGCUGGAAUGCUUUCCUUGGUUUCAUUCUGUCUAUGAAACUUACUCUAGAUUUUGAAUCUGAGAGUCGUAAAGCUUUGCAGUUGGCCGCUAUUUCUCUGGCAGUUGUGUUGUCUGGCUAAUAGGAAGUGGGCACCGAUGCAAUGUUCCGGUGUAUGCAGCUGCCAAGUAUUGGAUAUGUAGCUUCAUCCUUAAGUGCAAUGGAGGGCACCCACUAGUAUGUCUAAACUGGAAGUUGUGUAUUUCUUGUGCCACUCACAGCUGCCGAAAAUUCCGACAGUAAAUUGAGAAUGUGUCGGUAGAUCAGUGACGGGACAUUAGGAGGUGUCGGUGUCACAGCCUAGUGAGAGGAACAAAUCUAAUCACGCUUUUUUGUAACAUUCGGCAUGCAAAAACGUGAUACCGUUGCUUCUUUAUUACACGACUUUGAUACUCUUUUUAGAGUAAGAUAAGGGGGUGAAUAUUCCAAAUCCUGAUUGUACAGAAAUAUAUGCGCCAGAUAAUAUUCAGAACA